GGCCAAUCUGCCCCGCCAUCUCACCCUGCACCCCAACACCAGAGUACCACCCCCUCCCUACCCUCACCGUACCAUAGCAUAGCACCGCACGCUGAUCAGAGCUUGGGUUCGCUCCCACUCUGGCAUCAUGAUGCGCUCACGCUCACGGUCGCCUUCCAAAUCUACCAUGGCGCCCUCUGCUAGCUCGUCGCGCCCCGCAUCAAGAAUGUCAACAUCACGCCCACCUUCCCGAGCAGACGGCUACCGGAACAGUGUAGUUCAGCCCCGAGACGAUGUGGGACCCUCGAGCUCACGUGCGCCAGAGUCCAUCACACGGGCAGAAUUCUGGGAUGUGGUCAUGGAGGACGAGACAGAGGAAGGCAAUGUUAUUCUCCCUUACCUUGGCAAUCUCAUCACGGAUCAGUCUGGCCUCAGUGAAGAUGCAGAAGCUGACAUCGCGGGAGAAGCAGCAGGGAUCCCUCGUUCCGGCAGCUCCGGCAGCAUUCAAGCAAUCUCGUCUCGCAUGAUCUUAAGCUCUUCCGAUCCAUCCUCUUCAGCUGGCGUCGAUCCAGGUAACCCAGCCAAAUUCGAAGCGCAGAUACGUGAGCUGGUAGAGACGGAGAGAUCUUACGUCCGCCGCCUAGACGCCUUGUACAAUCGGUAUGCUAAACCUCUGAGACAAAAAGCUAGGAAUCGCGAAGGUGCUAUCAUCCCUCUGUAUGAGGCACAGAGGUUGUUUGGAAACGUCGGAGAAUUGCUAGGGGCCAAUACGGCAUUUCUGAGGGAGCUGGACGAAUUGAUGGAGGCGGACAGCUCGAUGGAGACGCUCAAGUCACAUAUCGGACGAGUAUUUUACAAACAUAUGGCCUGCUUUGGAUGCUACAAUGAUUACUUCGGCAACUUCGAAAAGGCAAAGCACAUCGAGCAGAGCAUGACCAGGAACAACAAGCUGUUCCGAGACUUCUCUGACGCAAUGAAAAUGACAUCGCCCAAUCUCGGCAACGUCUCUAUCCGAGAGCUCAUCAUGGAACCCGUGCAGAGGAUUCCGCGUUACAAGAUGCUCCUUGAUGGUUUGAUCAAGUCCAUGCCUAGCGCUUACCUUCAUCAGAAGGCUAGACUGGAGGAUGCCGUAGCCCUGUGCGGUCGAAUCGCUAGUUGCGAAAUUGAUGAGAAGACCCAGAGAGCGGCAGUGCUCUGGAGCUUCGGCAGAAAUAUCCACGGAUUUCCGGCCAGCCUCUUUUCAAUCCAUCGCAAGUUCAUCGAUGCCAUCGAUGUGGAAGACUUCCCGGUCGAGAACUAUGCUGUUCCUUCAGCGAUGUUCUCGCCUACCUCUGCAGCCGCAUCGUCUCGCUCAAUACAUUGCACCCUCUUCCUCUUCGACGAUACUCUGCUCGUAGCAAAGCGAAGCAAUCCCUCUUCGAGUGGACGUUAUAUGCUCAGUCUGGACGACCUCAAUAGGCUGGCAGACGAGAUGAAGACAUUUACGGAGAGGAGUAGCAACGCUGUCCAGUACAGCAAGAAGGCCGAGCUCGGCUUCAGGGGCGUUUCUGACAUCAUGGAUGUGCAAGCAGUGGACCUUGGAGGUUCGGAUCUGCAGCUAUACUUCAAAAGGCCUCCAUCCCACAUUCAACACGACAAAUGGACUGGCCGCCCAUUGAGACAAUACGUGACUCUACCCGACGGCCAGAUCUCAACGCCUGCCCGUCUCGAGAAGAUGCGCUUCUUGGAAAAUCUCUGGCGAGCUCAGGCACUCUUCAAGACCAAAGAGGCUCGGAGUCAGGUCCGAACAACUACAGUGGCAGCAGUCUGUCCUUCCUCGGGCACCGAUUCGCCUUCCAUGGAGGAAGCAGAGCCACGUCGUAUCGUCUACUGGAACGUGUAUGAAAGUCGAUCGAAGUGGGCUGCAGAGCCUCACAAAUCGAGUGUCGCAUUGCAGGUAGAUCUCAGCCAGGGCGCGGAGGCCCUGCCGCUAUCGGCAGAAGGUCUGGCCCCUCAAGCGUCUUUACGAGUGCUCACGGUCGAUCAGGAGUACGCUGAAUGCUCAUAUUCGUUGAUGACCCGAGAUCGGCCACUAGACGAUGACGUGUACGUGCUGUCAAUGAGCGAUCUGGGCUCCCGGAUGAGACGCCUUCAGGAAAGCACAUCGCAGCACGAUGAGCAAGCUGCUCUGCACAACUUCCGUCCGGGUGGCUCACCGACGACGCCGACUAGUCAUCGAGGAAGGAUGGUCGCUGGGCUAGAACAACUCAGCAGACAGCUGUUCACGCCAGGCAGUCUUCGGAGUGCCGACGUCUUUGGCACUCCUCGUAGGAAAGGCAGUAUUCUGAGCAAGAGCAGUGUCGCGACGUCAUUCACCAGUGACCUCUUCGCUUCUACUGGCAGGAGUGUCUCGACCGCUGCGACCAGUGUCAACAGCAGAGACAUGCUAAGUAGUGCGGCAGGCGAUGUAGGCUACAAGCCAGGAUCCGGAAUUGGCAGCGCGAAUGAUACGCCGACUGCGUUGAGUCCAAGGCGGAGCAGAGCUCAGUCUGCUGGUCCAGAGGAGAGCUUGUCACGGCCAAUAGGAACGACGUCGGCGUCUGCGCGGCCUGCUAGCCAGCUGAUCUACAAGAGUGCCAUCACCAUCGUUGAUCCUCAUCCGACGAAGUCUCAAAGCGUCGACUCUCCUUCACAGGCCCUGUCUCCUCGUACGAUGGUUUCUAGCCGGCCAACAGGGCCACGAGCCAUAGGAGCUUCACCGAGCUCUAUGACAGUGUCAGCUGCAACGAUGACGACAAGUCGCAAGAGGUUGGCUCCUCGUCCUGAUCCAAGUACGAUUCCUUAUACUCCGACGCGCCGGGUGACCUCUUCGAAGAGGAUCGCGCCAGAGGACGACUCGCCUUCGCCAAGUCAAAGAGCGUCCAAAAGGACUGCGCCCCCCUCUCCUCCACAAGAAAAGCCGAUGCCACUGUUGCCUCGUGACGCAAAUAUCAAUGGCAACGGCAGUGGAGUCAACGGGUGCACAUCGCCCACGAAGCUGGUCGAGAGGAGCACAUCGGGGAUCAAAGCACGGGUGCGUCGUAACCUCUCUCGAAUGGACGACAUGGACAAGGAAGCGGCUGGGCGGCUUGCAGAGCUUGCGGACGAGCUGGGAGAGCUGCACGGAGCCGCCACUCAGCUGGAAAGCCCACUCCUCGGAGAGCUUGUCCAGAGACUAGAAGCCUGGCUAGGCGAGGCCUCGCAGAGGGGCGCAGGUGUCAGAGCUACGCUGGACAGAGUUGCCGGAGAUGUAGAGGGUCUACUGAAGAAGAUCGAGGAGGUCGAAGCGGACAAGAGCAGAGUGGAGAAGUCUGCAGUUGUGUCUACGACGGAAAUAGAGAGCUUAGAGAAGGAGGCGGCGGAGGCAAAGGUCCUCAAGUUUAGGUGCGAGGCUCUGCAGAGGAAGUGCGAGCUGCUCACUACGCUCGAGGGCGAUGGUCGAUUGGAAAAUGGGGAGCUUCACAAGGCCUUCAACGAAGAGCUAGACCGCAUGUACGAAGAUGCUCACCUCUCCACGAACGACGAAGUGAUCCUCGCGCUGCGCAACGAAGUGCGCACAAGCAAGGCGCGGCGCAACGAAGCCGAGGCCAAGAGUCGAGACCUCGAAAGGAAAUUGAGACUGCAGAGUGGAGAAUUGGAGGCUUACAAGAAGACGCUGGCUGAGAAUGGACUCUUGUAGAAGAAGCGAGGGGGAGGAGUUCGUGCUCUACCUCGCGAAUUCGGACAUUGCUGCUGCUGCUGCUGCUCUGCGAGAGGGCAGGCAGGUCUUUCAUUCCUUUCUUUUGCAGAUACUUUCUUUGCCUGCCUUGUACAAUGCGAUACCCAAAUUGUUUUGCAG